GUGCUUGAAAUCGAGCGGUGUUUGAGUUUCAAAAUUGAUAGACUGUGAAAGAGAAAUAGGCGAUUCUGUGGCGUUUUAUGCGGUCGAAUAGCCGCUUGUGAAGGUGACAAGAACCACAGAAGACGAAUCAAAUUCAAGUCCACGCUUGUAAAGCGAAAACGAUCUUUCAACCAAGGCCCACGAAGUUUGGAAAGCGGAGGGUGCCGCUACCAAGAUGGAGUGAAUGUGAUGGUUACUGUACACAGAUCGCCUAGUGAGGAAUGUUUUCAGUGCAAUUCAAGAUCGUAGAUGCUCGUGAUCUUAACAAAAGCUGAUUGAAAAGACUACGAAAAUCUUGAGCCAUGGUUUUGACUCCCAGACAGAAAGAAGAACUGCACAAAGCCAUAGCCGAUUACCUUUUCCAAUGUGGCUUCGAAGAUGCUCUCAAUGCAUUCAAGAAGGAUGCAAGCAUGCCUGGAGAACUAGACAAAAAGUAUAGUGGCUUGCUGGAAAAGAAAUGGACAUCAGUGAUUCGUCUUCAGAAAAAGGUAAUGGAUCUAGAAUCCAGGCUAUCAGAGGCAGAAAAGGAAGCACAUACAGGUUCUACAUUAAAGAAAACCCGCUCUCCGGAGGACUGGAUGCCUAGACCACCAGAACGAUAUGCAUUAACUGGUCACAGAAGCCCAGUUACAAGAGUAUUAUUCCAUCCAGUAUAUAGUGUUAUGGUAACAGCAUCAGAAGAUGCAACAGUCAAAGUGUGGGACUACGAAACAGGAGAUUUUGAGCGGACUCUAAAGGGUCAUACAGACGCAGUACAGGAUCUUUCAUUUGAUCAUACUGGAAAAGUUUUAGCUUCAUGUUCAGCUGACAUGUCCAUUAAACUAUGGGAUUUCCAUGAAUUUGAGUGUGUCAAAACAUUAACAGGACAUGACCAUAAUGUUUCUUCAGUGACGUUUUUGCCAUCUGGAGACUAUUUGGUGUCAUCAUCUAGAGAUAAAACUAUAAAAAUGUGGGAAGUAGCCACAGGUUUUUGUGUGAAGACAUUUCAAGGGCACAGAGAGUGGGUCAGAAAAGUGCGAGUUAACAAUGAUGGUUCCUUGAUAGCAAGUUGUUCAAAUGACCAGACGAUCCGCGUGUGGGUUGUGGCAACAAAGGAAUGUAAAUGUGAUCUGCGAGAUCAUGAACAUGUGGUGGAGGAUGUGGCCUGGGCUCCAGAAUCAGCCAACCCAUUUGUUGCUGAGGCUGCAGGAAUUGAGGGUGCAAAAAGGGGAGGGAAUCCUGGACCAUAUUUAGUGUCAGCAUCACGAGAUAAAUCAAUCAGAAUGUGGGAUGCCAGCACUGGAAUGUGUCUGAUGACUUUGGUUGGACAUGAUAAUUGGGUGCGAAGCGUGUUGUUUCAUCCUGGAGGCAAAUAUCUAGUUAGCUGUUCGGAUGACAAAACUCUUAGAAUAUGGGACUACAAAAAUAAACGAUGUGCCAAAACUCUAGCAGCCCAUGAACAUUUUGCAACAACUUUAGAUUUCCACAGAUCAGCACCAUUUGUUAUAACUGGGAGCGUAGACAUGACGAUCAAAGUGUGGGAAUGCCGUUGACAAUAUGCAAGACUCCAGCUCAUAAACUUAAAUCAUCAAAUAGCAUCCAUGUGGAAAAUUGUUAUUUUAAUUCAGGAAGACAUGCAGGACUAGUGCAUUAUAGAGAAAGAGACUCAAAGCCUACCCAAGUGAAGCAUUCUUGAUUAGUGUUUCUCAGAAGAGAGUAGAACUGUGCUGAGCUGAUCUCGCAAAAGAGCAAGCCUCGUUUAAAGAGAAAAGUCAUUAAUAUUAUAUUUUGUAUUUUGGAAAAGUUUUAAAAAUUCCUUCUGUGCAUUUAUUACGGGUCAUGGAGAGAUGAGUUGUUUCAAGCUGUCGUUGGACAUGAGGUACUGCUCGCUGAUCGUCGUGAUUUUGAGUUUUGUGGUAUUUAUGAUGGUUCUUCACAAGCUCUGGACUUGCUCUGUGUUUGUACAAUGUUAGUUGGCUUCUUGUCUGGCAAAAUGACAGCAGAAUUUAUUUUUGAUGUUGUUGAAGUGCCCAAGAGAAAGCCAACAAAAGCUGAAAUCUAGUUGACUUUUCAACCUUGUUCCCAGGGCCUUCCUGUACUCGGACACCCGAGGAUUAAAAAGACCCUGGGAAAGAGUUUGAUAAGAGUUAUCUGCAGUAUCUAUUUUAAGGCUUUUUGUGAUAACCUUUAGGGGUAGAAAAUUAGGGAAGUCCUAGUUUGAAAAAAUUAAAGUGGAAAGUGGAAAAGUAUUUUAUGUAUCAUUAGCUGUAGAUCAAGUAGUUGGAAAUUGACAGAAACUGAAUGCAAAAGGCACAUUUCAGUUUGCUGAAGCUACAUCGACCAUCACCUUUCCACACAGAUUGGUUUCCAUAAAGCAAUCGCUUUAUUUUUUAAGGUAAUUUCAACUUAAAAUGGUCUUUACUUCAAAUGCCGUUAGGAUCUAGAAGGUGUGGUGAGCUUCUUUGGUGUCAAAUUUGAUUUCAAAAGAUUCAGUAGCCACCAUUUACUGUUUCAAGCUUAUGCUAAUUUGUAGGACAAUCUCUUCCCAGGGUAUUUUGCUCUGGGAGGUGAAGGAAGGAGAGAGCCUGGGUAUGACGCUUUGUGUAGGACCAGUUGAAAUUUACCUUAAUAAAACUUUGGUAAAAUAUUUUAUUUAGGGAAACUUGAAUAGGCUCGCAAUGGUAUGCUCAUCUCUUUUCACCCCUAGAAAAAGAAGUCAUUUUAUUUUUCUGUUGGUGGAAGGAUGUGCUAUGAUGCGAUCCACAGGACCAUUCUAGUUCCCAUUCGAUGAAAACAUUGGUUAACGAUCUGUAAUAUGACCUAAUUAAAAAAGAUGUGAAUAUCA